AUGGACAAGGACCAUCCAGUUUCAGAAGAGUCAACCGAGAAGGAAAUUCAACUCCCCGUACGGGAUUUUGCUAAGGCGGCCAGCCGAGCUGUGUUUGAGGCUCUAUUCGACGGUGUUGAGGUUCUGGGGGUUAUGAUUAUUUGUUUAACCAACUCUGUCAACAUCAUUGAAAAUCAGUCCCGACUUGUUCUAGAGGCUGUUGCCGCAAUUGUUGACGCCGUUGGCCCCGAAAGUGCUUCAAUCCGUCUACCUCCGUGGAGCGCUUGGCAAGUUAAAGCCAGCGAAGCAGGCAUUUACAACGAGCUAGGCACGGAUUUAGGUAUCAAGCCUUAG